CUGUCAGUCUAAAUGAAGGGCAACAUGUACCCUCCAGGACGGGGAGUCGAUAGUGGAGCAGCAGAUCACAUCAAAACAGACGGGACUAGAAGUUUCUACCGGCUGGUUUCCGCCGCCUCAUGGACAACAUCACCGGGACCGGGAGUCGGCCCUCCGCCUGUUACCGGAUAAACACGCUCCGCGGAGGACCUUUGUGAUCCGGAUCUGAAGCUAGCAGGCUAAAGCUAAACACUGUUUAUAACACCGAGACUAACAGCUGUCGGCUAACAGCUAACGGCUAUCAGCGGGGCCGCCGGCAGCUGCGGGCGGGAUGUUCGGGUGUCUGGUGGCCGGCCGACUGGUGCAGACGGACGCGGUGCAGGUCGCUCCGGAUAAGUUCGUGUUCACGCUGGCGGACUACGAGAAGCUGAACCACGUGGUGGUGUUCAUGCUGGGCACCGUGCCGUUCCCCGCCGGGAUGGGCGGCGCCGUCUACUUCUCGUUCCCGGACCCGGCGGGCGGCGGCGGGUCGGUGUGGCAGCUGCUCGGCUUCAUCACCAACGACAAGCCGAGCGCCAUCUUCAAGAUCUCCGGGCUGAAGGCCGGGGACGGCGGCGCGCAUCCUUUCGGCAUGGUGGGCGCGGCCCCGGCUUCCGUGGCGCAGGUCGGGGUGUCGGUGGAGGCUCUGGACCAGCUGGCCCAACAGAUCCCGGCGUCCAGCGCCGCCGUGUCCACCGUGGACUCGUUCCUGCAGUUCACGCAGAAGAUGUUGGACAGUUUGUACAACUUCGCGUCCUCCUUCGCCGUCACGCAGGCGCAGAUGACCCCGAACCCGACCGAGACCUUCAUCCCGUCCAGCUGCGUCCUCCGGUGGUACGAGAACUUCCAGAGGAGGAUGAGCCAGAACCCCAACUUCUGGAAGAACUGAUGGAACCAGAACCAGAACUUAUGCAGAACCGAUGGAGCCAGAACCAGAACUUUUGGAAGAACGGAUGGAACCAGAACUAAAACUUCUGGAAGAACUGAUGGAACCAGAACUUGUAAAAGAAGAGCUGCAGACUCAGAGACACUAAAGACAAAGACGGUCCCCUCAGUGCCUUCAGGUUCUGACAAUAAAAGGUUUCAUGCAGCUCA